ACAUUUGUGAGUCUACAUCACGGAAAGAGCGAUGCAUCUAACGCUCGUCGUUACUGCGAGCAUUUGGUUUACGCUAGUAAGCAGUCAAGCUCAAUCGUCGCCAUGCGGCUGCCUAGAAGAGCCAGCAGGUAGCAGCAAUCGGAAAGAGAAAUUCUGCAGACCUCAUCUGACGCCCCCUUCUGAGCUAAACAAGCCUCGCAACUGCAUCUGCAGACCAGGCCUUGUGCGGAACGCCUGGGGCGACUGCAUCACCAAGCACGAGUGCACACACUGCAAGUGCUUCCGCGACAAAGAUUUCAACGUGUGUGCGAGGAAGUGUCCACUGCUCUGCAACCAGCCAAUACGUGCUUCGUGUUCUCAGAAGUGCGUCUUGGGAUGCGACUGUCCUCCUGGUUCCGUACGAGACUCCAGGGCGAAGAAAAACUUGUGCGUCAAGACAACAAAGUGUGCUCCGACAUGCCCUCCACAAUCGAGGUUUGAGCCCUGCGUUUCUACCUGCGCACCCAAGUGUGGCAAAACGCAACCCACCAUCUGCACCACACGUUGCCAGCGGGGUGGCUGCGUCUGCUUAGAGGGUUACGCGGAGGCAGAGCAAGAUGGGCAGGUGAUCUGCGUGCCUCUGCAGGAGUGUUACAGAUACGCGGGAGCAGCGACAUUGACCACCUCUAGCGUACAUGGGCACAUCGCGGGCGGUAAUGGCACAGCAGGAACCGCAUUGCUCCCAGGCCUCAUUAUAGAACGACCAGGGGGCACACCCUUACCCGGUGUCGUCGUAAGCGGACCGGGUGGCAUCUCAGUUGACACAGAGGGAGGACCUUCUAGGAGUACCUUAGGGGUAGGAGGCGUCGGCGGUGGCCUAGUCACAAAAGGUACAGGCUCACCAGAUUCUGUAGAAUCUGGAGAGACUGGGGCCGGAGUAAACCCGGACGAUAUACCCUCAUACGAUACAACAGGAUCUGGUCAAGGUAGCAUUGGCAACCCUCUGGCGGGAAUACCGUCAGGUGGUCCUGCAGAAAUCGGCGGUGCCGGAACGAGCGCCGUGACAGUAACCUCACCCAGUACAGCCUCAACUGAUGCCCCUGUAUCGGGAGGCGCCGCGACCAGCGUAGGCGCGACAGGUGCAGCCUUGCUGGGUUCCGUGACACCAGGUGGAACAGCUGUCGAAAGAGCGUACUAG